CACAUUGCAGACCACUGUUCCACUGUUCAUCACUUAGUGAGGAAAUAUCAAGAAAAUCACGAAUUUCUUAUGGUCAUUUCCCUGAAAUUUCUAAACAUCUUAAAGUUACUUCAUAUCGAUUUCAAUGAUACCGCUAAUGUGAACGUCAUUAUAAUCUGAGUUACAGUCACAGUCGUAAUGGAGCUUCUAAAUGACGUGGACAUCCAGCUUGCUGCUGCAAUUGCGUGUUAUUUUCAAAACAUUCGAAACUGUCAACGGGUGAUAAGUCAGAAUGCACAACAAUCGCAAGUUUUUCAAACAGUCAAACUGUUUGCUCGAGAUAAUCUUGCAACACGAAAUACGACAUCGAAUUCAUCCAUUUAUAAUGUUGACUGUCGAGCAGUAUUGUCACAGCCGUGUUCGAGGAAUAGGCAGAACAGAACGUCGACAAGAGCACCAACUACGGAAAUACUUAUUCCAGCUAAAAUUGCUGAAUGGAAAAACAAACUGGACCACUUAAGUUUUUUAUUCAACUCAAUCUACAACGGUACUAUGUCCUCAAACCAAAUAUGUGCAGAUCUUCACAUGGAAUUUCGUGAUCUGAUUACCUUUUUGUGUUAUACUUCUUCCACUAAAAGACCUGUCAUAAUUUUUGCUUUGGUGGAGGUGUAUGCUGGAUCCUUGGUGAAGCUGCACCAGUACUAUGUGGUUGGUACUGAUAAUGGUUCAGAAAGGCUUCUGUAUGCAGCAAUUCAUGAAGUGAUAUCGUUCUGGCUUCAAUUUCUACAUCGUAACAAUGUAAAUAAGUAUGAUCGGUUUUGGCUCCAUACACGAGCCGUUAUCACGCGAAUGUUCAAAAACAUCGUCAUUCAGGAAUGCAUUCUUGCUGUUAAACAUAGUUUGGCUUCAAUGCUUAAAGAGUUAACAAUGCUCGUCCUAGAAAGUGGCGAGCAUAGUUAUGGUUUUUACGCAUGCGAGCAAAUCGAGUAUUUGAUGACCGUGUUAUCUUAUCAAACAUCGUAUGUCAGAUACUAGGCAACUGGAUACAAUGCAUUGCUCGUCGCUACUUUGUGUGAGAAAAUUCAUUUUCGGUCGUCAUUUUUUAACAUGACUUCUGUGUAUUUCAUUUAUCUCAUUGUGAAUUAUUUCUCUGUGAAAAGUUAUUUCCUGUCUGCUGCUUACUGAAAUUCGUGCUUUUGCUGUAAUUGAUUUUCUUUACUAUUCAGUGAUAAAAGAGUUGUGGG